AAUUAAUUCAGUAGUUACUUCGCAGUAAGCGUAUAUGAUCUAAACUGAAGGACGCAGACGACAUUGCGAACAAUGCUUGUGAGUUUUCUGAUUUUGGCCGUGUUUUUGGCGGUUACAGAUGGAAUUAAACCCCAUGGGAAUCAUGCUUCGGCGGGAACAGAAGAGUUUCAAAUAACAUACCAGAGCACCAAUGGAAAUCUAGAGUGGACAAUAAAUGGCAAUAGCGAUGUCGCGAAAGCUAUAAAAAAUCACAAGUGGAACAUAAAAACAGUUCCUUCAACAGACACAGGUUACCGGGGUUACAUAAUUAAACACAUAGCCAAAGGCAAACCAUUGCAUACCUGGCAGCUCGUGAAAUGUGAAAACCCAAGUUUAGAAAUAGGCAUCCUUGAACAAACUGCAGAUAUAAAGGUGGUCCGCAAGUAUCUUAAGGUACUGAAGGCGGCAUUGAACACGUGCACAAGGAAGGCGAAAUCAAAAUAACAAACAACAUCUGAAAAUGUAUUCUUCUCAGAGAUGUGAAUUGCUAAGCGCUGUCCUAAACUAUACUUAAUGACUUUCUUAUUAAAUUAUUGAAGCAAUGCCUUCUGGAUGUACACUACCAUGUACGUCAAUUUUUCGAAUGCUAGUCAUUUUCCAAUCAUUAAGUGUUAAAGAUGUUCCAAAAAAAAUGUCUUCUUAAAUAUUUUAAUAAAUGAACUAUGAAAACAG